UGGGACCGCGAGAGGGAAAAUGUUAAUUUGAGUAUCGGUGAACGGAAUCCCUGAACUUUGGACAGAGUUCAUGUAUAUGAUUUAACAAUGGAAGAAGACAGGCACUCUCCAAUCCCCAUACCUAGGGGUUCCUAUAACUUAAACUUUGAUGAAAUUGAUGAAAACACAAAUCCAUUUCAGACUAAAACAGUUCUAGGACAGUCCCCACCAAUUGGCGGAAAUGUUAAUCCUUUCCAAACGGUAUCAAAAAUGGGCCACUCCCCCCCUACAAAUUCAAACAAUAAUAUUUAUGAUAUUGAAGAUCCAUUUAAAAGUAAGAACAAAUUGUCAUCUUCUCCUCCUCCAACACAGCUAGAGUUACAAACAAAUCCUAACCCAGUGUUAGAGGAAAUUUCCUCAGAUCCUUUUGAACCAACACCAGAUAUCUCAAAACAAGAUAACAAAAUUCCUUGCUCACCUGAGGAGCCUCAACCACCAACUACAUGUACAGAGCAACAAGGCCUUUCUGCAGCUGAUGAGGGGGAUAGUAAGGUCACAAAGGUCAAGGAGGAAUCUAAAGCCACAGAUAGCGACAUGAAAGAUAACAAGACGAAAAUGAAGCCUCCAAGCAAAAAACCUGGUGGGAAAAAAGGAAUAAAAAAACCGAAGAUAAGAUCCAAGUUUAAACCUCCAGAGAACUUUGGUGCACAAGGUGAUGAGGACAUUCAAAUUUUUGCUCCAAAGAAAGAAAGCAGCCCAUCACUACCACAGGAAGAUGAGUCAGUCAGGGAGACAAUACCUGUCAUGGAGGGAAAUGUCUCAAAACAACAAACAACCAAUGAGGAGGCUGGAAGUGGGUCAGGUGAUGUUGAAACAUCCGAUCAAAUGGCACAAAGUUUGGAGAUUAUGCAUGACUUUGGAGCAGCUGAGAUGCCAGAUUCCGAUGAGAAUGAAGGUUUUGUGCCUGCCAAUGAAGUUUUCUCAGAUACAGCUGACUGGGAGAUGUUGGAAAAAUUUGGUAGUAAAGGCAAGGGAGACCUAGAACGAGACUCUUUGUUUACAAAGUUUGACCCUCUUCUACAAGAAAAUACCUCUAAUAUGGUGCCAGACGCCAGUCUGAUCAGGAAUGACAACACAGAAACCCAGGCUGACCAGAGUGUGGAUUUACUGUCGAUGACGACCCCCCCUCCCCCUAGUAAGACGUCCCGCGUCCCCAAACAUCCUGCGGCCCGUGUGCUCGAGGACCAGGUCGAGGAGAAUGGCAACCCACAACAGGAGGCCAGUGCUCGCUCUGUUGACAAGAUACUCUACAACCCUUCCAACAGUGUGAAGCCGCAGUCUCCUCCUGAUGAAAUUGAUGGUUCCAGAUAUUACGAUGCUUAUGACUUUCCACCUACUGCCAGGGGCCGUAACUCUAGAGGCUCAAAGAGUGAUGGGGACGGGGAUCGAAGCGGAUUCAAGAUGGAGAAUACGGAGUCGGUGGUACAACUUGUUCAAGAAAACAGUAAACAGGUGCUAAAGUACUCACAAUCUGAGUGGAAUAAGCUGAAACAAGACUUGGACUUAGAGUUUCAAGCCAAGCUUCUCAACAAAGAGAGGGAAUGGAGUCGAAAACUUGCUGACCGAGAGAAAAAUUUAUCUCGCCUGGAAGAUCAGUGCAAGAAUCUAAAACAGGCCAACCAUGAUAUGAGGUGUGUCGUGGCCGAGUUUGAAAAAACUAUUGCCCAACUACAAGCGGAAAAGGAAAAAUCAUGCACAGAAUCUCAGCAGUCCAUGGAAGAUGUUGUAAAAGAGAGGGAUCAGGCCAUAGAAGAUCUGCAGUCAGUGGAGAUGGCCUUCUCCGAUCUCCACCGUCGUUACGAGAAAACCAAAGGUGUUGUGGAAGGUUUUAAAAAGAAUGAGGAAGUUUUAAAGAAAUGUGUUCAAGACUACCAGUCCAAACUAAAGAAGUCCGAGGAGAAACUACAGGAUGUUUUACAGCAAGCGGAGGAUAAGUUAGAUCUAGCAAAUCAAGAAAUUGAGAAAGUGAAAAAAACAACAACAGCUGAUGUAGCUCGACUUGAAGCGGCCAUGAGAAAAUCAGAUCUACGUGUACAAGGGCUAGAAAAGACUCUGGAACAAAAAGUUCAGGAAAAUCAGGAACUGACAGCAAUUUGUGAUGAACUUAUAGCGAAGGUUGGUUCGGACUAGUUGCAAAUUUAUUCCUCAAGAAAUGAUUCCCUGUGACCAGUCUGGACAAUACUAACUAGUACCUUAUAUGGACACAACAGGAAAUGUCCACACUUAAGCUUUGGACAAGUCGGAAAUGUGGAAAUCCUUGAAUGUGGCCUGCUUGACAAUAUUUAAAUGAUGAAAUUUAUUGUGGUGAAAGCCAAAUUGAAUGAAAGUUUGCGUGUAAAUGUAGCUUACUUGGGGUCUAUACGCUGAAGUAAAUUGAUCAUCUCUUUUAAAAUAUUUGAAUAGUUGAAAUAAUAAUUUUUCAUCAGAAUUUUAUGAAAAAUGCUUUCGUAAUACAAUGUAUCCUAUUGCAAGCAUGUACAUAUGUAUUUGAGUUGAGGGUAUUUUGGUAUCAGAAAUCUGAUACUGUUACAAGAACUAAACUAUUUGGUAAUGAGAAUGUUUUAUACUUGUGCAGAUUCUGUGAUUAUUGAUAUUGCUUCUUGGAUCUGAAGUGCAAUGAUGGAUACGUUUGUUGACACUGUCUAAAGGAUCACUGUAUCAGUAUUUUAUGUUGUUUUUUUUUUCAACAACAAAGUUUGAAAAUAGGUCUUACAAAUUUGAAUUGAUGUUCAGGACCUUGUGGUCCAAUGUUUAAUAAUGAUGAUGUUUCUCUGAACUGUAGCAAUAUUGUUACUGAAAAUUCUGUUUCUGCUGUAUAAGCAUUUCCAUAGCCAAAGUUUAUGAGAAGUUUAUCUGUAAUCACAGCUCUUGUGGUUCAUGACAAAUUUUUCUAUAAACCAUGAUCUGUUGAAAGCUUUUUGUUUUACCACUAUUAUUAUAGGAUUUUGGAAGCUUUUCUUUAACCAGUUUCAUGGUUUAUGGGCUUUUCUCGGUCCACAGGUAUGGUUUUGGAAAAGCUUUGCUGUAACCAUAGUUAUCAUGGUUUUGGAAAAGCUUUGCUGUAACCAUAGAUACCAUGGUUUGUGAGAAGCUUUGCUGUAACCAGAUACCAUGGUUUGUGAGAAGUUUUGCUGUAACCAUAGUUAUCGUGGUUUGUGAGAAGCUUUUCUUUGGCCUUUUGUUUCACCUGUUUCUGUGUAACCAUAGUUGCCAUUAUAGUUUAUGAAGCAGCAGUUGAUCAGUUCCUUUGUUAACAACUUUUUGUGAUUCGUUUCUGUUAGAAAUAUUUUAUUGUUCAAAUUUAAGAUUACGUGUACUUGAUAUUUGACACUCUAAGUUGAUAGUCUUACACUGACCUUUAAUUCCCUGCAUGUGUGUGUAGUUGGGUAUGUAUGUACAAGUUUUAAGUCUUUCAUAGUUUUAGUUAUGGUCUGUGUGUAAUAUUCACAUAUCUUGUCCUUUUUGUCACUUGGUACAAGCUUCAUCUGUCACCAGUUGUCAAUAAAGGUAUGCAGCCUUGUUCUGGUUAACUUGUAAUGUUUAUGGUGUCAAAACAUGGUCAUUAUUGGGAAUAGAAACAAAUAAAUGUCUUCAACUUAUUCAAACCUUGGUACUACCUGAUGUUGGUUAUUAUAACAACAUAAUAUUUUGAGGCAGAAUUGUGUGAGAGCCCAAGAGACAGAUGAUUUUGUGUUAAGACUUAAAGCCUCGUGUAGAAUAUCAGGAACAGUUUUACCUCCUUGUGAGAUAUGUCUUCUUUACAUAGAAAUGAGUUCAUUAUUCUACAGCGAAAAAACAUUGUUUUGAUAAUGAACGAAAAACUUAUAUAUAGUUUCUGUCUCAUUCUAAUAUAUCCAAAUAAAACCAAAAAUAUUUCAGUUACAACAAAAUCUGUUUUAGAAAGUUUACAAAUUAGGCCUUGUUUGUUAUCUGUAUUAGCCCUUAUUCGAUAUUAAAGAAUGAGGGUUUGCAGGAUUAAUAUGUAUUUAACAGGUAGUAUCUUAUCAUACAUAUAGUACAUUUUAGGAUUACGUAACACAAAUUGCUUUAGCUUUUGCUCCUUUAUAUCACCAUUAUGAAUGGUGCAGCAAUUUUACUUGUCAUUGAUACAGAAACUUGAGAUGAAUUUUGUAUUGUAAUAAAGAAGCAUCUUGUUACUCUUCAGAAUUUUAUAUCUGCAAAAAACUAAACAUUGAAAUUUUUUGUCACAAUUUUUUGGAACAAGAAUUAGCAUGAAGAAACAUUUAUCUAGGUCUGUUUAUUGAAAUUUCAUAGUUGGACAAUUUUGAAAAUGUGCACCAAAAGUCCAUCCACGGCAGCUUUUGUGUAACCUGGAUUAAACAAUCCAGGUGACACAGAAUUAUUCUAUGUUAAGUGAACACACAUACACCAGAUGUGAAGAAUCUUGUAGAUAAGAGCUGAGCAUGUACAAUUUCAGAAUUUCCUGUCAAAUGUAAAAGUAACCAACCAAAUUUCUAAAAACUAAUGAUAUUUAGCCAGAUUUGGGAUAAAUAAUCUGUGAUUUAGCCUCAGUCACUAUCUAUACUUGUCACCCUUCUCACAGGUUCAGCUGGGCCAACUGUUUCAACCGCUUACCUGAAAGCAACUGGAAAAUGUAAUUAUAAUUUUAAGGAAAAUAACUCCAAUGUUUCCAUAAGACGUCAGUUUUGCGACGUUUAUUUGAAUUUCUCGAAAACAUAAAUAAUUCUGGAGAUGUGAGUUUCUCUACGGUUAUCCAUACAUUUUAGUUACAAGUGAAAUCACAAGAGAAAACAAGGAAACAACUAGAUUUCCUUAUUAAUUGCACAACUGGGAUGCUUCAUAAAAAAUCUUUGGGAUUUGAUCACUUUCAAGAAUCCAGAUUUUCAAGGUCCAACAAUGUCUUGUUGUUUUGUGCUGACACCAUCUGUAAUAGGUGUCUCUUAAGAGAUGUUUAUUUCUUAAUAUAUUUUCAACAACAAUUUUAGAACAAGUAAUUUUAUUCAUUCUUGAUUUUCCUUUUUUUUACUUUAAUUUGCUGCAGUAACUAUUUUUAAACAAUAAUCAGUGUCCAUUUCAAGAAUGUGAUGAUGAUAAUUAUUACAAUUAUACCUUUUUUGGCAUAUUUUAGGCAUUGUGCUUUAAAUAUUAAGUUACAUGUAUUGGAGAAUCCACAAUAUUUGAUGAUAUUGUGGGACAAAAAUGUUCUUGAAAAACCAUAUUUAAGCAUUGAUGAUUUAGCUGAAUGCUUGACCUGCCAAAAUAAAACAACUUCUAAAAUAAAAGUAUUUGAAGUAUAUUAUCAGUAAUUCUUUAUUUAAUUUGAUGAAAUAGGCAUGUUUUAUUUCUAAUAUUUUACUGUAUUUGUAUGUUUUGCCAGAAGGUAGUAGAGAGGUAGAAAGAUGGGUGAUACAGAAUUGUUUAUCUAAAUGUACAUAAUUUUACUGCCAGCCCAAUAUAUAUAUAUAUAUAUGCCCUCCCCUUGUAAUUUUCUAUUCUUUUUAAUAAGUGUAAUGAUUUUGUUAAAAAUUAAAUUGUAAAUUAUGCACUUGUGAGAUAUAACGUUGUAUAACCUGUACACAGCUAAGUCAGAUUAAACCAUCAAAUGUAGGUUGUAAGAGCUUUCUCAACUUCAUGUAAAUUUUCAUGUGAUUUACAUAACUUGUGCUAGUUGUGUAAUUGCUAUCACAUUACAAUGAGUUCCUUGUGCAUUGAUCACAUACUAAUCAUGUGACUUGUGAUAAUGGUGUCUGUGAAUCUAUUAUCUUCCUGCCAUUUCAUCAAAAAUAUUAUUAUUAUUAUUACAUCAUACUUGUCAGCAUUUUCGUUCCAUUUAUGAAUGUGUUUUCUAGUUAUUAAGUGCUACAAAUUUACACUAUUACUAGCAUCUCAAGUUUCAUAUUUUUUUCCUGAUGCUUUGUUUUCAUGAAUGAUUGUCAUGGUAACUAUUUGAAAUUCUCUUACAUUUGUGAAAUUUGAAAUAAUAUUUAAUAUUCAGCUAAAUUUUGUUUUCUGUUUGAAAAUGAAAGUAUUCAAAGCCUGUGGAAAUUAAUGAGGGGAAAAAAGGAAUUAACUCUUGAUAGUUAUGUAGGAUUUUGUCAAAACUCACAGCAAAAAUAUCUUAUAAGUUAUAAAUAUGUAUACAUGUUUUGACCUACAGAACUUUGAAUAAAUUGACUUAUUGAUGUUUAAGGGGCAUUUUAAAUUGUUUUUAUUUUGUUAUUUAAUGAGAAAAUAAAUGCAAAAUGUACUCCAUAAAAAUACAGGUGUGUUUAAGACUUCUAUACCAUAUCAGUAUAGAUAUUAAACAUAGCUGCUUUUUAAAUGAUUGUAAUGCACUAAAUUGUUUUUGUGAUAUUGCUUUAAAUUGCAAUGUGUCGCCCAUGUAGAAAUGACAAAAGAGAGAUUAAUCUUAUAAAAUUGGUUGUUUUGAUGAGCAGUUAUCAGGGAAACUUAGUUAUUGACACAAAACAAAACGAAACUUUAAAUUGAUAUUCAUUUGAAAAUUAAGCCAUACUCUUAUACAAUAUUGUAACAAAUAAUUAUGUGUUGUUUUGUUUACAACAUACAAUGAAAAGUGGCACUUUUUUUUCUCCUGAAAAUCUGUUUCAAAUAUGAAAACAUUUUUGCUUACUACAAUACUUUUAAAUCAUCCUCAAAUUAGAACAAAUGAUAUUUUAUUUGAAUAUUAUAAUUAUACUCAAGAUGUUAUAUUUCUUACACAAUUCAUUGCUAGUUAUGUGAAUAUAAGGUACCGAUAUAUUAGAAAAUGGGUAAAUGGUAUUUUGACAGGAAUAUAUGUUCAUAUCAACAUAGUAACUGCACCCUUUAUCAUAGACUGAAAAACACUUUUCCACAUUCAUAGUUGCUUAAAUCUGGAAUUAUCUUUUUGUGAUGAUUCUGAGAAUAUAUUGAAUGUGAAACUUGUGUCAGUGGAAAUGCUUAGUAAGUCUGGUCAUGCAGGAGAGAGACUCAGUUUUUUGUCUCUUGCUGUCAAAUGAUACUCAGCACUUCAAAAGUCAUAAUAAAAGUUGAAAUGGA